CCUCCUCCGCAGCCUUUCCCGCUUCCUUCACAGCUUUGGGACCCAACUCCUCCGCCAUCCCCUCUACGCCACCCGGGCCCUCUGCCCCUGAGAAGUUUUAUUCGGUCUCCGUCGCGGGUCCGGGGCGCAGCCAUGGCUGACGGCGGAGGGGGAACGGGCGCGGUGGGCGGUGGCGGAGCAGGACAGGCUUCCGCGGGGGCAGCGUCGGGCGUGACGGGGGCUGGUGGGAGCGGUGGCCCCAUCAAUCCGGCCUCGCUGCCACCCGGCGAUCCGCAACUCAUCGCCCUCAUCGUGGAGCAGCUCAAGAGCCGGGGCCUGUUUGACAGUUUCCGCCGGGACUGCCUGGCCGACGUGGAUACCAAGCCAGCUUACCAAAACCUGAGGCAGAAAGUGGAUAAUUUUGUGUCAACACAUCUGGACAAGCAGGAAUGGAACCCCACGAUGAACAAAAACCAAUUGCGAAAUGGUCUGAGGCAGAGUGUGGUUCAGUCAGGGAUGUUGGAAGCUGGAGUAGAUAGAAUUAUUUCUCAGGUCGUGGAUCCAAAACUAAACCACAUCUUCAGGCCGCAGAUAGAACGAGCAAUUCAUGAGUUCCUGGCGGCCCAGAAAAAAGAAGCCACACCAGCCCCGCCUCCAGAGCCUGAGAGCCAAGACCCUUCGGCUCCAUCCCAGGACACGUCAUAAGAGUAUGCCGGACAUCUGUUAAAAACUCCUUUCUAAUUAAUGGUGAAGAAAUGUCUUCAACCACAUAAGAAUGCAGCUCCUGAGCGAAGAUAGUCCAGGGUCUUCACCGAUUUCAAGAUUUCACUGUGGGCAGUGUCCAGACUAACAGAGAGCAAGUCUGGCAGUGGGAACAUGGACCGGGUGCCCCUGCACUGUGCUGCUAUCUGGCUAGCCCAUCCAAGGGGGUGACACCAGGUGGCACUACAGAGAGAUAACGAAACACUACAGCAAUCUGCUGUUGUCCUGAAACACACCUUUAUACUUGAACGUGGGGAUUUCAUGUGGAUUUUAGGGUCUGUGUGCUAGGAUAAACAAAAGCUACAAUGAAAGAAUGUUGAUGCAGUCCCAAAGAUGCGACAGCAAUGAGUAAUGAACAGCAGGAAACAUUAGCUGGGAGUAGGGAUUUGGCAGUGUGUAUUUGAUAUUGUUUCUUAGGGUUGCAAACUGGAACAUACAAACUAUUAGCAUCAAAUAGCUUUAAAGUCCUUGUGACCUUGUACAUGAAUCUUCUCGCCAGUUUCCUGUCCUGGUACACGGCAAGAAAACUUAGGGCCCUAGAAUAAGGGAGGAAGCUCAGACCUUAAGUAGAAGGAAAAACAUUGGCUGACCAGGCUUCUUCCUGUCCUGUAAGUCUUGGUAUAUUCCUUUUAUCCUCAUUUUUGUGUUUUUUUUUUUUGAGAAGUGAAUUAUCAAUAAAUGACUUAAAUUUGAUACUCUUGCUGUAGAGCUUUUGCUGACUCUUAGGCUGCAGGGGUGGGAAGGGUCACUUUUCUUCUCUGCCUCCCUGCUGCUCCUGUCCGGUGCACAGCACAUGAUUGUCAGAAAAGGUAGGGAGACAGAAUUUGGAACUACUCUUACCCUGAAACUGAUGUUUGGUACGGGCAGGCAGUUCUUUCUUCCCAGAACUGUUACUGGCCCUGGUCUUAGUGGAGGAUCAGUGUUUCUCAAAUGUGGAUGUGCGGAAGUAUCACCUAGGGAUCUGGGGGAAAUGCAGGUUCCAAUUCAGUGGGUCAGGGGUGGGACUUGAGGGUCUGCAUUUCUGACGCGCUUCCGGUGAUGCUUACGGAGCUGGGCCUGGGAGCGCACUCUAGCAAGCCUUGGAUCAGAUCAGCACU